GGUCUGGUCUAGGAGCCCGCGGCGGGGCGGCGCCGGGAAUUGAGAUGGUGACCUUGGUGAGGUGGCGGCCGCGGUACCCUUGAUAGUCCCAAGGGGCUGUGGGUCCGGUGGCGGUACCCGCCCGCCUGGGCUGCUCUCCGCCUCGCGCUGCCUGGGCGAGGAAGCGUCGCGAGGUCACCCCCGCGCCCCGGUGCUGAGCCUCGGUCCGAGUACAGCGUGGAUCUUAUGGAGGCCAUUUGCAUUCUCAAGAAGACUUCUCAAAGUGGAAAACUGUAGAAUAACUGAAUCAGAAUCAAUUCCACUAGCUUGGACAUCACUGAUACAGAAGCUUAGCAGAGCAACUGGUAUUUUCUUGUUGGAUCAAAGAAAAAGAUUCUCAACCAUGCCUGAAACAGAAACAAAUCAGAGAGACUCUGAAUUGUUUGCACCCCCCUCUGAUGUUCGAGGAAUGACAAAACUUGAUAGAACAGCUUUUAAAAAGACAGUCACCAUCCCAGUGCUUAAAGUGAGGAAAGAAAUUGUCAGUAAAUUGAUGCGAUCCCUUAAAAGGGCGGCACUGCAGCGCCCAGGCAUAAAACGUGUGAUUGAAGACCCAGAAGAUGAAGAAAGCAGGCUAAUUAUGUUGGAUCCCUAUAAAAUGUUUACUAAUGAUUCCUUUGAGAAAGCAGAACUAGAUAUUUUAAGACAGCUUAAUGUCAAUCCACAGAUAUCUAAAUAUAAUUUGGAACUAACUUACGAAAAUUUUAAGUCAGAAGAAAUCUUGAGAGCUGUGCUUCCUGAAGGUCAAGAUGUGACUUCUGGGUUCAGCAGAGUUGGACAUAUAGCUCACCUGAACCUUCGAGAUCAUCAACUACCUUUCAAGCAUUUAAUUGGCCAAGUUAUGAUUGACAAAAAUCCAGGAAUCACUUCAGCAGUAAAUAAAAUCAAUAAUAUUGAUAAUACAUAUCGAAAUUUCCAAAUGGAAGUGCUAUCUGGAGAGGAGAAUAUGAUGACCAAGGUUCGAGAAAACAACUACACCUAUGAAUUUGAUUUUUCAAAAGUCUAUUGGAAUCCUCGCCUCUCUACAGAACACAGCCGUAUCACAGAACUUCUCAAACCUGGAGAUGUCCUAUUUGAUGUUUUUGCUGGGGUUGGGCCCUUUGCCAUUCCAGUAGCAAAGAAAAACUGCACUGUAUUUGCCAAUGAUCUCAAUCCUGAAUCCCAUAAGUGGCUACUGCACAAUUGUAAAUUAAAUAAAGUGGACCAAAAGGUGAAAGUCUUUAACUUGGAUGGGAAAGACUUCCUCCAAGGACCAGUCAGAGAAGAGUUAAUGCAGCAGCUGGGACCACUGUCAAAAGAAAGAAAACACUCUGUGCACAUUGUCAUGAACUUGCCAGCAAAGGCUAUCGAGUUUCUCAGUGCUUUCAAAUUGCUUUUAGAUGGGCAGCCAUGCGGCAGUGAACUCCUUCCCAUAGUGCACUGUUACAGCUUUUCCAAAGAUGCUAACCCUGCUAAGGACGUUCAGCAACGAGCUGGAGCUGUGUUAGGCAUCUCCUUGGAGGCAUGCAGUUCAGUUCAUCUAGUGAGAAAUGUGGCCCCGAACAAGGAAAUGUUAUGCAUCACCUUUCAGAUUCCUGCUGCUGUACUCUACAAGAACCAGACCCCAAAUCCAGGUUUUCUGGAUUUGUUACAGAGAAUUAUGAAGAUCCACCUUUUAAACGCCGGAGGACAGAUAAAGCCUUUUCAGAAGAAAAAACACAAAUUGCUUCAGUCACUUAAUUGAAAAUGCUUUCUCCAUCUCCCCACUAAACUUUUAUGUAUUGAAAUGUAAUUUGUAUGAUUUCAUAACAUUAUACCAGUUGCUUUAGUAUUGAACUCAUGUUUUGCCCUUGCUAUCUUAUAAAUUGAGGAUUAUCAAAUUAAAAUUUAAAUUAAAUAACUCUACUAAAUAUAUUUUUAUUUUCUAAGUUGUAAUAUAUAAUUAUAAUUUUACAAUCUAAAUUAUAUCUAAUUUUUAUUAGAUGUAUUAAAAUAUUGUCUCUUUUGGGAAAAUAGUUUUUGAAGCAUAUGUGCUAACUAGGAAGGCAGCAAUAUCACUUUGCAGUUAUCCUUACUUUAAAGUGUAGCUAAGUUUUAUGUAAGUACCCCUACACUAUCACAGUAAAAGUAUCAAAAAAUGAGAUUAUUUAGAUCAGAGAUAGGAAAACUCUGUCUAGCGGCCAAAUCUGGUCUACCAUCUGUUUUUCUAUGGCAAGUGCCCUAAGAAUUGUUCUUACAUUUUUAAAUGGUUGAAAAAGAAUCCAAAGAACAUUCUGUGACCUGAAAAUUAUAUGAAAUUUGAAUUUCCUUGUCCAUAAAUAAAGUUUUAUUGGAACAUA